UGCUCUUUCCUGGCUGAAUUUUUCAAGGUUAAAAUUUGCUCGUAAGAUGGCGCUGACGCUCGUCAUUUCCUUCGAAACCGACAGACGGCUCCAUGUGAGUCUUGUCGGCGAAUCAAUCCUUAUUCCACGCAUGCACGUUCUCUUCUGCAGGUGUCGGAGGGACAUCGCUGCAAAAGCUUCGAUUGGUACGAAGAUUGUGACCUGCCAUCUAUCCCGAUUGUUGUGCAUGUCGAGGCGACGACGAGGCAUCGCGCGUUGAAGUGCGUGCCGUGUGCUGGCGGUCUUGGCUCCCUAGGCAACGACACGCCAACGGAUGACAAGAGUCGCGCCAGCGUGCCGAGUUCCCUCGCCGAUCUCAGUCUCAUUUCCCAUUUAACGUCAACGAGCACAGGACCAUGGGCGCCGAAGCCUUCAGCAGCAGCAACAGCACCGCCACCUUUCCGGAGAUGGAGAAGGACCUCAAGAUCCCUCGCCACAUCGCCGUCAUUAUCGAUGGCAACCGUCGCUACGGCAAGAACAAGUACGGCUCGGGUACUCGCGGUCACUCGGACGGCACCAAGACCGUCAUGAACUUCACGGACUGGUGCAUCGACGCUGGGGUUGAAGCCCUCACAGUCUUCGCCUUUUCCACGGAGAACUGGAAGCGUGAGAAGGCCGAGAUCGAUGCCUUGAUGAAACUGGUCGAUGGCUUCAUCCACGACAUCCUCGGUGAGGCGCUCACCCGCAACAUCCGAGUGCGAGUGCUGGCCUCCGACAGCCGCAAGCUGCCGGAUUUCCUCGUCAAAUCCAUCCAGGAGGUUGAGACCAAGACCCAACACUGCGAGGCCUUUUACCUCAACCUUUGCGUCAGUUACGGCGCCCGCGAUGAGAUCGUCGGGGCCUGCAAGAAAAUCGCUACCGAGGUGGCCCAGGGUGAAACGAGUAUCGACGACAUCGACGAAGAUCUGGUUGGCCAGCGCAUGCUCACUGCCGGCCUGCCGGAUCCGGACAUCAUGCUCCGUACAUCGGGCGAGCUGCGCAUCAGCAACUUCCUGUUGUUCCAGAUCGCCUACGCAGAGCUCAUUUUCAUGGACAAAUUCUGGCCGGAGGUGACACGCGAAGACCUGCACGACAUCAUUAUCGAGUUCAACCGUCGCAAACGCCGCUUUGGCAAGUAAAGCGCAGUCCGACUACCAACCUCCAAGGUAUCCUAUGCAUAUCUAAUCUGAAGUCGCUGGUCCGAAAGUUGUCCGCGCAGAAUAAUGUCGAUAAGCAAAAACAUGUCUAUACCAGUUAUAUGAACGUUCAGUUCUUUCGUCGA